AUGCCUCGUCCGUCUCCCGUCGACCCAUCGUCGUCCUCGGUCGACGAUGACCCACUCGGUGCCUUCGACGUCGGCGAGCUGCGCAUUCGAAAGCCCCCGCCCGCGUGGACGACCGCGGCGAUCGUGUCCAGCGUCUUGGCCUGGGGCGGUCUCGCCGUGCACAACCUCCGCGCGCUUCCAAGGUUCGAUGGCGUCCCCCCCGUGAGCUUCGACCGGGUCAGGGCGAGCGCGAAGUUUAUUCCGAGAUCGGCCCUGUUCGCGCUUCGCGUGGGAACGUUUUUAUUUGGGAUCUUCUUCGUCGGAUAUCACAUGAUUUACGAGGAGCGAAAGAAGCACACGGACGGGAUGGAGUACCUGAGCGAUUGGACGAUUUUGUUGCUCUUCGCGACGGAGGGCGCGUUGGGGCUUAGCAUGUAUAGGAAGGAGCGAGAAGAGGGAGAUUUGAAUGGUUUAGCGAACGCGCUGACGAUUGCGUACGCGACGACGUGGACGAUGAAUUUAGUAGCGAGCGCGGGGGCGUGGUUUUCGUUCUUUGCGUAUCCAAUGUGCGCCACGCUCGAGGGCGUGGACGACUACCCGAAGUGUUACCUGGAGUGGUACCGGCUGACCGAGCACGCGGCGAACAUCGUGGUGUUGUUUUUAGAGUUCUUGUGCGGGGCGAUGCCGAUACGGCGACGCGAUUUCGGGUGGCCCAUCCUGUUCAUGGAGGCGUACGUCUUAUUCAGUUGGUUUUCCUUUUGGCGUAGCGGCAAAGUCGUGUACGACAUGUUCGCCUUCUCCAAAGGUUUAGAGUCCUUAGCCUGGCACAACGGCGCCUUCCUGGGCACCACCGCCGCAUUCUUCAUCGCCCUCAGGCUCCAUCAGCGUAAGGGCUACCGCACCGCACCGGGCGUUCGCGCCGCCGGGCCCUUCAUCGUCGCCCGCGUCGACGGCGAAGGCGCGGGCGAAGCCGACCCCCUCGUCGAUCGCCCCAAAACGUGA